CCUGUAAAAACAACUAAGCGCAAAUCCACCCACAUUCAUCUCUCCCUGGAUGUGUGCUUUUUCAACUAACUUUGGGAAGUCGCAGAGACCCAGCGGUGUGGCCCGCGACACCUCUCCUACACUUUGGCAUUUUAAGCGUUAUCUCUCAGCGGUUUCUUUCUUCCGGAUUAAGGAUGGAAGAUUCCUUCAGCUCCUCAACUCUGUCUCCGGCGUCCAAUCUCUCCGUACCCAUUCGGCCGAGCUGGGGUCUCAACUUGACUUCUGGGCAGGGAGCCUCUGUCCCGGGACCACAGCCGCCUCCACGCGGGCCACCCAGCCACCGGAUCCAUCUGGUCUUCUUGGGGAUCAUCCUGGUGGCCGCGGUAGCUGGCAACACCACGGUGCUCUACCGCUUGUGUGGCGGUAGCAGCCGACCCUGGCCUGGUCCCAAGCGUCGCAAGAUGGACUUCCUGCUUGUGCAGCUAGCAGCGGCUGACCUGUAUGCCAGUGGAGGCACCGCGCUGUCCCAGCUGGCUUGGGAGCUGCUGGGCGACCCGCGACCGGCUCUGGGCGACUGGGCUUGCCGACUUUCCCAGCUGCUGCAAGCAUCGGGGAGGGGCGCCUCCGCCCACCUGGUGGCGCUCAUUGCCUUGGAGCGCCAGGUCUCAGUGCGCGGUCCUCAGGGCCCGCAGCUGCCCGCGCGUGCCCUGGCUGCACUGAGCUGGCUGCUGGCGUUGCUGCUGGCGCUGCCGCCGACCUUCGUGGUGCGCUGGGGCGUUCCUCCAGCUUCAACCGCCAGCGCCUGGCCGGGGGAGCAUCGCUGCGGGGGCAUCUUCGCGCCCCUGCCGCGCUGGCACCUGCAGGUCUACACGCUCUAUGAGGCUAUCGUGGGCUUCGCGGCGCCAGUCGCUGUCUUGGGUGUCUCUUGCGGCCACCUGCUGUGUGUCUGGUGGCAGCGCGGGUCUCAGGCUCCUGUGGCUGGUAUGCCCUGGUCGCCCAAUAUGACCCGAGCCUCCUUGACCAGUGCGCUGCCCCGAGCCAAGGUUCAAAGCUUGAAAAUGAGUCUGGCACUGGCAGUGCUCUUCGUGGGCUGUGACCUGCCCUACUUCGCCGCUCGCUUGGCAGCCGCCUGGUCGCCAGGGCCCGCGGGUGACUGGGAGGGAGAGAGCCUGGUGGCGGCGAUGCGUGUCGUAGAGGUGGCCAACAGCGCCGUCAACCCUUUGGUCUACCUUUUCUUCCAGGCGGGCGACUGCGGUCUCUGGCGGCGGCUACGGAGGCGCCCAGGAGUUCUGUGCUGCCUGCAGGAGGAAGAAGCGGAUAUCAGCGCAGGGGCUAGGGACCACCAGGCACUCCACCGCCAUCGCUGGCCCCACCCUCAUUAUCACCACGCUCGGCGGGAGGAGCGGGACCAGGGCUUCCUGCGCCCUCCCCCGCCACGCCCCAGACCGCUGGCCUGCUCCUGUGAAAGUGCCUUCUAGGAGCUGCUGCACAGACAGGUCGUUUGUCACUGUGGCUCAGCCUUCAGACAAAACAGGGUAUAAGUGGUCUGCCUAAAUCUCCAAGAGUGGAACUGUCUGCAGGAACCACUGAAGUUGCCCGCAUCCUGUAUGCGACAGUUAUUUUCUUCUAAUAAGGACAUGGUUUUCACUUCCGGUUAGUUUUCUUCCCUCUGGUUCCUAUCAUAAUGCCCAUGUUGAGGAGACUAAACUCUUGGAAAGUUGAAAACAACAAGAACAACUGAGUUCCCGAGUUAGUAUUUUUGCACUUCUCUUUUAUAUUCCCACUGUGUUCUAGAUAAGACCAUUCAUUUUAAGUAAAUUGCCAAAUUUUCAUUCGUUGCCAUUAUGUUUUCAGUGAUUUUUGAAUUGUGCUUAAAUCAAGUGCUUCUUUAGGGAACAGCAAAUUUGCUGUUCCUUCCAAGAGGAAAACCCCUAUAAUGCUCUUCCUGGGGAGAUCUGGAGUCCUGCUAGCAAAGCUGUAGGAAAGAAAUCAUACUGACACUUUAGGGACAGAGCAUUUGAAAAAUGAAAGCAUUUCCCACCUAGCCGCUAGAACACUUUUUUAACAUGGUAAUGUGUUUUCUAGGAAGAAAAUGGGUGUGAUUUUUAUUUCCAGUUUAACUUCCACAUCAAUAAGAACU